AUGACCCUUCCUCUGAUCAACCUACCAAGAAAUGUUAUUCGUCUUGUUACCCAAAUGAUGACCAGCAAUGAAUUAUACAACCUGUGGUCCCUUUCCAAAAAGACAAAGAAAACGGUGAAACCAUUGUAUCCGAGGCACACACAUGUUCAGCGCAUUUUGAAUAAUGAACUAGUUUUAUUCAAAAUGUCAUCAAAGGAAGCGUACUUCAAAAGGAAUUUGAACAGACGAACUGAGACACUCACAUUCACGUAUCCUCCUGCAAUGAUGAUAUCUCGGUUCCCUCUUUUCAACCUACCCGAUAAGGUUAUACGUCAUGUGAUUAAAUCAAUGAACUAUGAUGAAAUCGAAUUAGCCAACUACUGGAUAAGUAAAGGACUGAGUAUCAAAAAAUGGUUAGAUCACACUAAGACAGUAUUUCAUUUCUCGAAAAUUGAUAUACGGUUUGGCGAGGACUCAACAACAUUUGAUAUUAAUGAGAUCCGUGAUACAUUCAACAAUUGCUAUGAAAUUUGGAUUAGUGACGAUAGUAGUUCAGAGGCUCAUGUGAUGUCUAUACUGAAAAACUUUUCAACCGAAAUUCUGUCGCUGAGUAAUGAUUUAUUUGAAAGCGGGAAGCCCCCAAACGAGGUAUUGAUUCAGAACUACGACGAACUGGCAAUUGAGCCAAGCCUUCCGUCUACAAUCACAUUGGACGACUUGCUAAUGAUGAAUAGUCGAUAUAUCGAAGUAUCAGAAUUGGUUAUAACCGAAAAAGAUGUCAACCGAUUCAUUAAGCAUUGGACAAAAGGAUCGAAUCCUAGAAUGGAACGAAUUUGCAUCAGUUUCAAGGAUUAUAGACCCACUGAUAAAGAUCUCGUUCUAAGGGACUUGAGUUACGUGAAAUUCCCCGCUGACCAGAAGAGAUAUUUCAAACAUAACAAAUGCUGGUAUAGAGUUGAAACCGUUUAUGGAGGAGUCGACAUUUGGAGACGUGAUGGGACCUUAGCUACUAUCACAUUUGGAGAGGUUUCAGAUGUGUUCAGUAUGUUUGUAUGGCAUCCACAUUGUGUGACUGAUCGGAAUUAA